AUGAAGAAUGUGAAGAUAAUAACAGNUAAAUUGUUUAAGAAUGGAUUCUGUUAAGAAUACGCAAGUAAUAUAUAAUAUUAUUAAGUGCAUUUAUUCUAGAGGACUAAAUUCGAGAAUAAUCCAUAAAAUGUUGAAAAUCUAAAAUGGUCAAUUAAUUACGAUAAAAGCCACAUUGAUAAUUCAAUUGCUCUUGACUAUUUUGCUAACAUAUUAUGUUAUGGCAUUUUCAAAUAUAAAACUGGGAUUUAAAGGUUUGUUAAUGAAAUCUCCCCAGAUUAAGGAUCUAAAUUAAUUGGCUUUCAAAUAGUGAUUUUAAUAUUUGGCCAAUUUCCAAUGUAAGGAGGUUUAAACUUCUAUCUUAAUAAUACAUAUUAUGGUUCCAUAUUUCAAAUCUCCUCUGAAAUAUAAACGCAUAAUAUUCAAAUAUUUGAUGUGAUUUCUUUGGGAUAAUAGCUUCAAUAUUCAAAAUGUGAAAAAUAUGAAUUGCACAUGUUUGUUGAUAUACCUUAAUAUCCAUUUUUAUUUUCAUCCUCUAGUAAUUUCACGUAUUUAAUUUAUUGUAACUUUUAGAGAUGAUAGUGCUGGAUGGGCCUUAGUUUCCUUAACAGUCUCUUCUGGAUAUUGCCCAUAAAAUUGUAAGGAGUGUGAAGUAUCAUUUUAGUGUAAAACUUGCGUAGGCUCUUUAUUAAAAUAUAGAGAUGGUAGUUGCAUUCACAAUUGUGA